AUGGGGCAGGGAGGGUCCGGAGGGUUGGAAGGCGAGGAGGAGUCGCCAUUGCACGUACAGGUGAGGGAGGGCCGGGGCCUGGCGGCCCUGGGAAGGUGGGAGCUGCUGCGGGGCCUGCUGGUGUUCGCCCUCUGCUCCCAUCCCUGGCUGGAGCGGGACCCUGAGGCGUUCCUCCGGGCGUCCCGGCGGCUCCUGGGUCCCCGCCUAUGGCGGUGGCUCCUCUCCGUGUCCCUCUGGGGACAAUUUGCCGUCGGCCGGAGCCCGGAGGCCGUGCAGGAACUGUCCCAGCGGCUCCGGGCCCGGGGCCUGCGCCCGAUGCUGGCCCUGCCCAUCGAGGGUGAGGGACCCGAUGGCGAGGGCGAGGCCUGGUUUGAGCAGAACCUUGAGGCGGCCCUGGAAUGUGUGGGGCUGGCGGCCGCCUCAGGCCCUGAACCUGCCAUGCAGCUCAAGGUGACGGCGCUGCUGAGCCAGAAACUCUGCGAGAAAGUCUCGCUCCGAUUGGCUGAGCCGGAAGGGGCGGGGCUUAGCCCAGAAGAAGUGGCGGCCAUGUUGGGAGGCCAGGCGCCGGAGCUCACCUGGCUCAGCCCAGCCGAGAAUCAACACCUGGGGAGGGGCCUGAGGAGGCUCGAGGAAGUGGCGCAGGCGGCCGUGGCCCAGGGCGUGCAGGUGCUGGUGGACGCCGAGAUGUCUCACCUGAACCCCGCCCUCACCUGCCUCACCUGGGGGCUGAUGUGGAGGCACAACCGGGAUGGGCCCCGCCCCUGGAUCUGGAACACCUGGCAGGCCUACCUGAGGGUGAGCACACCUGGGCACACCUGGGACACAGCUGGGGGCACCUGGGACACACAUGUGCACAGCUGGGACACAUCUGGAUGCACCUGGAUACACCUGAGACACACCUGGGAGGCCGAGGCUCACCUGGGCGUUCACCUGGCCCAGGUGGGCGUGGCCGGGCUCAGGUGCGGGGUGAAGUUGGUGCGUGGGGCUUACCUGGCCCAGGAGCAGGAGCGGGCCCGAGGCGGGGGCCGCCCCUCCCCCACCUGGGACACACCUGAGGAGACCUCGGACAGCUACCGGCGCUGCCUGCAGCUGCUCCUGACCGCCCUGGCCCGGCCGGGCUCGCGCCUCCACGUCAUGGUGGCCACGCACAACGAGGCCUCCACCCUGCAGGUGCUCGCCAGGUGAGGGCGGGGCCGCAUCCGGGGGAGGGGGGGAUUUUUUGGGGAUUUUUAGGGAUUUUUUGGGGAUUUUUGGGGUUUUUUUUAGGGAUUUUUUUGGGAUUUUUUAGGGAUUUUUGGAGAAUUUUUUGAGGAUUUUAUGGGGAUUUUUUGGGAUUUUUUUGAGGAUUUUUUGGGGGUUUUUUGAGGAUUUUUUGGGGAUUUUGGGGGGAUUUUUAGGGGAUUUUUAAAGGAUAUUUUAGGGGAUUUUUUGGGAUUUUUUUGGGGAUUCUUAAGGGAUUUUUUGGGAUUUUUUUAGGGAUUUUUUUGGAAUUUUUUGAGGAUUUUUUGAGGAUUUUUUGGGGCCUUUUUGGGGACUUUUAGGGGCCUUUAUUGGGGAUUUUUUAGGGAUUUUUUGGGGAUAUUUUUGGGAUUUUUUGGGGAUUUUUUUGGGGUGGAUUUUUAGGGAUUUUUAAAGGGAUUUUUUAGGGAUAUUUUUGGGAUUUUCUGGGGAUUAUUUAGGGAUUUUUUUUUGAUUUUGGGAGAUUUUUGGGGAGAGUUUUGGGGAUUUUUUUUAUUUUUGGGGGAUUUUUUGGGGCUUUUUUAGGGAUUUUUCGGGGAUUUUUGCCAAUUUUCCCCUAAAUCCACGUGGAAUUUUUAGGAAACACCAAAAUGGCCGGAAUUGACCCCAAAAUCUCCCCCCAGGUUGUCCCGGCUGCCGCCCGGCCCCGCCCAGAACGUGAGCUUCGGUCACCUGCAGGGGAUGGGAGAGCACCUGAGCCUGGCCCUGGGUGAGUGACCCUGAGUGACCACAGGUGUCCCAAAAUUCCCAAAAAAUCCCCAAAAAAUCCCCAAAAAAACCCCAAAAAAUCCCAAAAAAUCCCCAAAAAAAUCCCCAAAAAAUCCCCCAAAAAUCUCCAAAAAAUCGCUUAAAAUCCCCCAAAAAUUCCCAAAAAUCCCUAUAAAAUCCCUAAAAAAAUCCUCAAAAAAUCCCCAAAAAAUCCGAAAAAUCUCUCAAAAAUCCUCAAAAAAUCCCCAAAAAAUUUCCAAAAAAUCCUCAAAAAAUCCCCCAAAAAAUCCUUUAAAAAAAUCUCUAAAAAAUCCUCACAAAAUCCCCAAAAAUGCCUAAAAAAUCCUCAAAAAAUCCCUAAAAAAAUCCCCAAAAAAUCCCCAAAAAUCCAAAAAAAAAUCCGUAAAAAAUCCCUAAAAAAUCGCCAAAAAAUCCCUAAAACAAUCCCCAAAAAAUCCCUAAAAAAAUCCCUAAAAAAAUCCCAAAAAAAUCCUUUAAAAUUCCCCAUAAAAUCCCUAAAAAAAUCCCAAAAAUUCCCAAAAAAAUCCCUCAAAAAAUCCUCAAAAAAUCCUCAAAAAGCCCUAAAAAAUCCCAAAAAAAAUCCCAAAAAAAUCCCCAAAAAAUCCCUAAAAAAUUCCCCAAAAAAAUCCCCAAAAAAAUCCCCAAAAAAUCCCAAAAAAUCCUUAAAAAAUCCCCAAAAAGUCCCCAAACUUCCCUAAAAAAAUCCCAAAAAAAUCCCUAAAAAAAAUCCCUUAAAAUCCCCCAUAAAAUCCCUAAAAAAUCCCUAAAAAAAAAUCUCAAAAAAUCCCCAAAAAAUCCUCAAAAAGUCCCUAAAAAAUCCCCAAAAAAUCCCUUAAAAAUCCCCCAUAAAAUCCCAAAAAAAUCCCCAAAAAAUCCCCCAAAAAUCCCCCCAAAUUCCGUGCGGGUUCCGGGUGUUUCCGGCAGGUUCCGGGGGGUUCCCCGUGUACAAAUCCCUUCCCCUGGGACCCCCGGAGGUGACGAUCCCGUACCUGGCGCGGAGAGCGACCGAAAACCGGGGAGCCCUGGGCGGGGCCAGGAGAGAGCGGGAGCUGCUGUGGGCGGAGCUUGGCAGGAGGCUCCGCCCCUUU